CCUGCGCGCGGCCCUGCGUAAGCGGCCCGGGGUGGGGCGGAGGCGUUGGCGCUGCCACGUCCUGGUCGCGGCUCGCGUAGCGGCGGCCGCGACGGCAACCGUGGCUCGGGAGGUAGCGGAGGAGGUGGGGCUGGCGCUGAAGCCGGAUCCGGAUCUGGUACUGUGUACCGGGGUGGGUGAGAGUCCGACGGGCCUGGAGAGGAACGUCGACCGCGAGGCCUCCACGGGUGAGGGAGGCUGGGGGCCGGGGAGCGAGAGCGGGGCGCGCCGGGUGUCCUGGGGACCGUCGCGGUCCUGCCUGCACAUUUAUCAAACAGACCUUACUGCAAAGAUGAAACCUGAUGAAACUCCUAUGUUUGACCCAAGUCUACUCAAAGAAGUGGACUGGAGCCAGAACACAGCUACCUUUUCUCCAGCCAUUUCCCCAACACAUCCUGGAGAAGGUUUGGUUUUGAGGCCCCUUUGUACUGCUGACUUAAAUAGAGGUUUUUUUAAGGUACUAGGUCAACUGACAGAGACUGGAGUUGUCAACCCUGAACAAUUUAUGAAAUCUUUUGAGCACAUGAAGAAAUCUGGAGACUAUUAUGUUACAGUUGUGGAAGAUGUGACCUUAGGACAAAUUGUUGCCACGGCAACUCUGAUAAUAGAACAUAAAUUCAUCCAUUCCUGUGCUAAGAGAGGAAGAGUAGAAGAUGUUGUUGUUAGUGAUGAAUGCAGAGGGAAGCAGCUUGGCAAACUGUUAUUAUCAACCCUUACUUUGCUAAGCAAGAAACUGAACUGUUAUAAGAUUACCCUUGAAUGUCUACCACAAAAUGUUGGUUUCUAUAAAAAGUUUGGAUAUACAGUAUCUGAAGAAAACUACAUGUGUCGGAGGUUUCUAAAGUAAAAAUAUUUUAAGAAAGACAUUUGUCAAAAGAGCUAAUGCAACAAGGCGAUACUCUUCCUAGAGUUAAAAUACUUUGUUGCUGCAACCCAGUGACCUCCAUAAAUACUGGAUUGAAAAAAAAAUUGUAAUACAAUAAAUAUAAUGACAUUUAGAAGAUUACUUUGGGCUGGUGGGACAUGCUGUGAGUUUAGAUUACAAAUGAGUAUUAUAAAGGGGAUGAUUUUUAACCAAAGGAAUAUAUUUUUAACUUGAAUCUUUUCUUGCAUCGUAUUUUUCUAAAGUUUGGCUUCAUUUCUUUGUAUUUAGAGUAUAGGUAGUGAGGAGUUACGUGUCUGCUAUCUGUACUACGUGGUAAAAAAAAAACAUACCAUGAAUAAGGCUGUUAUCACAUUCAUAAAAUGAAUAUUUUGUUUCAAAGAAACACCAAAAACCACUUAGGAGUGUAUCCUUUUUCCACAUAUCAUGUGAAAUUGGAUAAGAUGUAACUAAAUGUAGUCCAGUCCAACAUUUGUUGAUCCUAAUUUUAUAUUGGUAAACAACCUGGUCAGCCUUUUAAAGUAGAAAUGAAAAUUAUAAAAUGUGACGAGAUUCAAAGUAAAGCAAUCUAAGUGCACAUCCAGAAGUUUAUAUAAUUCUUAUGCAGAUAAGGUACCACCUUAUAUGUGAAAUAUAAUUAUUCAUUUGUUUAAAAUACCUAAGAGCAAAUAUAAGGUACUUUUUAACAGUCAAUUAACAAAUCUUGGUACAUUACGUAUUUCUGAUUUCUCAUCAUCGAUGUCUGAAGCCUUUCUUCUGAGUAACAUUUUUAUGAAAAAUGACAAAACUGAGUGGAAUAUUUAAAUAUGUAUCAUACUGCAUUUGUUACAUCCUUAAAAUGCUGAUGGAAGCUUUUCUAUUUACUGUGAUUGUCAUGGUACUAUUAUUCUGGUCACUAUCUUGUUUUGAUUUUAUUUAUUUUAAUUAUUUUUUAAGUUGAAGAAUUCAAUAUUUUAUUAAUCGUUCUAAUCUUUUGCAUUCCAUGUUACAUUAAACCUGUUAAUACGAUGAAGUCUU